AUGUCUAGACGUACUAGAAAUCAUUCAAGAGUAAGUGGACCCAACUCAGCAUUAACAGAAUUCUUAAGGAAUGAAGGUAUAACCGACGCAUUCAGACAAAGAAGAGAUCGGGGAAGACGCGAUGGUCAGAAUCAGGAACAAUCUACAGAACCAACCCCUACUCCACCUAUUCAAGACGAAUCAGAAGUUACAACAGCUACAACUAGCAAUGAAGUUAGUAUAACCAUCGAAGAAGAAGAUGAUGACGAAGAAAUCACGGAAAUAAAACGCGCAGGGAAGAGAAAACUACGCGCGGCCAGACGUGGUGGAAGACGCGGUAGAGGAUCUCCAGAUGAUAGCAGUAGUGAUGACGAUAAUGAUGAUGACUUCGAUGAAGAUGAUGACGACGACUUUGAAUCGGUGAAAAAGUUUGGUAGUCAAGAUAUUUGUGUAGAUUGUGGGAAUAAAUUUGAAUUAACGGUUUAUUCACGAUUCAUUUCUGAAAAAUCAGGAUAUUUAUGUGAAUCAUGUAAUGCAAUCCUUAAAACUCGAGAAAAGAAAGCAAGAGUAAAUCAAUUAAAUGCUCGUAAGAAAAGGAAAAAAGUUGCUCAAGCAUUAUUAAAUAAAACCGAAAUCAAAUUACCUAAACUUCAAGAUAUUUGUAUUCAAAAAAUAACUUCAAAUAUUGAUGAUGUUGAAAUGUUAGGUGAUAUUGGUCAAUUGAAUAUGAAUAAAAUAUCAAAAAUCUUAUCCAAAAACCGUUCAUUAAAUGAUAAAACAAUUUCAUUAUUCUUAUCCCCAGAAUUAAAACAAUUACAAUUCUGGGAUUGUUCAAAUGUAAAUUCAGAUUCAUUAAAUAAAAUCGGUGCCUAUUGUCCCAAUCUAGAAUCCUUGACAUUAUUCAUGUGUGGACAAUUCCAUAACGAUAACCUCGAAUACUUCAGUCAUCAAUUAAAAAACCUAAAAGAAUUAUCCCUAAAUGGUCCAUUCCUAAUCAGUGACUUAAAAUGGCAAGAAUUCUUUGAACAACCCACUGGGUCCAACUUAACAAAAUUUGAAAUCCGUAAUACUCAUAGAUUUGGCAAUGACUGUCUAAUUUCAUUACUCGAAACCUGUCUAUCCAAAUUCUGUCCCAAUUUAACUCAACUCUCACUCAAACAAUUAGAUCAAAUUUCCAAUCAAGGAUUCGCAACCGCUUUUGAAGAAUAUCUGAAAGUUAAUGCCGGAGGAUUGUUAGAAGUCGAUUUGACGAAAUGUACAGAAUUGGGAGAUGAGGCAAUAUAUGAAUUAUUAAAUCAUUCUUGUCAUACUUUGGUUGAAUUGAGUUUAAAUUCGUUAUAUAAAUUGUCGAAGAAUUUCUUAUCUCAGAUAUUUACUCCAGAUCUGCAUCCUUUUAAAAAAGCCAUCAAGAAGAAACUAGAAAAUCCCGAUGAUGAUGGGGAGGCUGGGGAAGGGGGAUAUUAUCAUCAUAUUAAUCUUCAUUUAUUGACAUAUUUAGAUGCCGGAUUCGUGAGAUCUAUCGAUAAUGAAUUAUUAUCAUUGAUUGGGAAGAGUUGUCCUAAAUUACAAGUAUUGGAAAUAUAUGGGAAUAAUCGAUGUACGGCACGGGCAAAAAUAAGAGAUGGUUUAAUGGUUAUAGGACGUCAAACUGAUGAAAUAUAA